GGGUAUAUUGACAGUGGGACGCGUGUUGCCGGUUGCCGUUCAGUCAGUAGGUUCGCUGUCACCGCGGAGUGCGAACGUGUAGCCGCAUCGCUCCCAAUUGAUUAUGCCACGAUCGCCCCGCAGUACUAACUGAGCUGCGGUCGGGACACGUUAAAAUUAUGACUUUUGGACCGAUCGCCGGCGAAGAAGACAGCAGCAGACACAAUCUAGAAGAGAAAGCGUUGAGAAUAGUGUCCAGAUACUGGGAAGUCUCCGGUGCUUCGUCCGCCGAGAGGCUUCGGUACGGGAACAAACGGAGGCUCCUAGUUGCCCCCUUUGGACUGCUAUAAAUUUUUGGACAAUUUUAUUACUUGGACUCGAACAAAUUAGUAUUUUAGUGUUAAUUAUAAGUGCAAUAGGUGAACUGUGUUUUUUGUGUUAAGUUUUAUUUUUCGGGGUUUUUUUAUUUUGGAUAAAUGAAAAUGGUGCCCCAACAAGUGUCGGAUGUGAGAUCGAUGACGCCGACGUCGAGCGGAGUCGUGUUCGGUUCUCAGCUGGUCGACAAAAACUCGUCCACCCCAUACACGGAUGCCACACAGACGAAGAAGAAUAAUCCAAACCACAUCAAGAGGCCAAUGAACGCGUUCAUGGUCUGGUCACAGAUCGAGCGCAGGAAAAUAUGUGAGCAAACGCCUGACAUGCACAACGCGGAGAUCUCGAAGAAUUUGGGUCGCGUUUGGAAGACGCUAAACGACGAAGAGCGCCAGCCCUUCAUCGAUGAGGCGGAGAGACUUAGACAGCUGCAUAUGCGCGAGUAUCCUGAUUACAAAUACAGGCCUCGCAAGAAGACGGCCAAGCCAGCGCAGCGUGCCGGUGCCGUUACGAAGCAAAAGCGAAAGCAAAAGGCAGACUCAAACAACAACAGAGGCAUGUCGAGACGACGAACGCGACCACCACCUUUAAGUGUUCCAAGCGUGCCGGUAGAAUCAUCAGCACCUCCACCGCUGCCCGCGUCGCCGGCUGGCUCUCCAGAUUCCCCAGAGUCCGCCUGCCUAUACGAAGACAGCUCACGGCGCGAUCAAGCCGACCUUUCCGACCUCUACUCGAUCACGGAUCUCUUGCCCUUGCCGGCGGACUGCGAGGUCGACCUAGACGCAUUGACGACGGACAUGGAAUCGUUCGAGACGGCGUCAUCCUCAUCAGGCUCACAUUUAGAAUUCUCCUGCACGCCGGACGUAUCCGACAUGCUGAGCGAGAUCGGCGUGGCGGGCGACUGGGUAGACAACACCUCUUUCUCGUACCUCAUGUCGUCUUAGAGCGGUGCUCGGGUCGGUUCCACUGAUCUCAUGCGGUCGGCUCAGAGCCGCCAACGGAGGCCGAUGACGCGGCGCCCGCUCGCCGCCCCGCCUAGAGAGUGCCUACAUCCAAAAUGACGUGUCGACAUUUGGAUUUAAUGUACAAAGUUAUUUAAUAAGGGUCGAGGGAGAUGAUUAUGUUGUAUUGUCAACCGGCCGCACGCACGGUCGCAUUCUCCUUCAGUUCAGGUGUUUACUUUUCGUUAAUUUUAGUUUCGUUAAUAGGCGACGCUUCAAACGAUCGGAAGUGCAUCAGGUCUAUAUAGUAAGGCUGUGAGUCGGUACUUUUUUUAUUAUACAUGGAAAAUUUACUUUCGAAUGUUGUGGAUGAUUUUCAAACGGCACGUCUCAGACGCAUCCCAGUAAAUAAAUCCGUCUACACUCCGUCGCCUGUUUAGUAAGCAUCGGGUCAGUUAGGGAUUGGCGGUGGCGCAGCUGGAUCCCGACUCGGCUUGACCAGACUUGUAAAUAAUAUAGCCCGAUGAGGAGGUCGGCUCGAGGACCGGCUGCGUCGCCGCUCACUCCCAUAGCUCGCUGCACCGCGUCGCGUCCGUAAACUGUAUAUGUACAUUAUACGACUUGGCUUCUAGUACUUUCUUAAAAAAUAAUAAGUUUGCAACUUCAACACAUUUAAUUUUAUUAACACGUGUAUUUAAGCGUAAUGUUUGGUUGCGUUUACUUUCAGACUCUUUAGAUGAAAUAUUAUAACAAAUCGUAAUAGAAAAAUAAGACUAGGUUGUAGUCAAGUUUGUCUUGCGUUCUUGUUACUGUACGUAAGUUCACUUUAUACUUUGAUGCACACAUAGGUAGUAUGACGAUUUAAGUUUACUCGGAAGCUGAUCAGUAUGCCAUUGGAGGUAUUUCGGAGUGCGAUAUAAGUUGGCUAUUCUCGAUGGGUUCUAAUUAACUUCUACCAUGUUUGAUGUCGGAAUUGGAACUGGUUACGCAUACUCGUAUCGCAUAAACUUGAUCUAUCUGCGCUCCCGUUUUAUGCGUGUCUCGUUCCAGUUUUAGGGUAAAAUUUGUGUCAUGGUAGGAGUUAGUUUUGAUGUGUCGCGUUGAUCGUUUAUGUAAUGUAUGUUAGAGUAAGGUAAGGAUAGUCUUUGUCAUUGGUUAGGUACGAACUUGUAACUGUAUAAUAAGAUGGCACGGGUGGAUCGAUGCGAAGGGACACUUCAACUUAGUUUUCUUUGUUAUCUUCACGCUAACGAUUUACAAUACAAAUUCUAUAGAAAGAUACAUAUCAAUAUUGGGAAUGUGUUAUUCGCGGGACGGUGGCAACAAAAUGUUACAACGUUUUGUUAAAAUAUUCCUUAUAAGGAACAGAAUACAGUUGUUCGGUUUCAAUAAAAAGGGGAAAAAAGUGUUUUUUGCUAAUUCAAACUCUGUGAUUUACUUUAUGGAUUUUCUAAAUUAUAAGAAUCUAGUGGAGACUGAUAUAUCGCAUAGAUUAGUUUUAGCAGCGCUAGCUUCUGUAACUUUUUUUAAUUUUUAACAAAAUCAUGAGCAUAAUGUUUAAUACCUUGUGGGAGAACAAUAUGUACCUAUUUUUGAUACUUUGUGUUGCUGUGGAAAGCGAUUCCUGUUAAAUCAGUUUUUUCAGUUGUUUUGGAUUUUAUAUGCGCCGUAGCUUCUCUUUUAAACGUUCUAAUGCCGAUAUUUGAUUCCAAAUACUUUAGCUAUCGAAUGUUUGCUCUCCACAGUAACGCACAAGCUAAGUGUAUUAAAAAAAAUGCUAAAUCCUGUCAAUUCAGUGAAAAUCGUGUCAGUUAAGGAGUAACUUUAGCAUUGAACGUUACUUCACUCAUUUUAUAAGAUAAAUAAAACCCUCUACUAAAUUAUACUGUUUCAGAUUGUGAGUUCAAUAUUUGUAGGAUAUCUUGUGUCCCUUAAUAUUAAAAUUUAACAUAGGGAUCCGUUGUGCUAUAGUUGAUAAGAAAGAAAAUGC